AUGCAGACCACAUCCAGGCUUCCCUGGAGGACCCUGCUGAAAGUCUUGGGAUGCUUCAGGCUGUCGAUCCCCAGGAUGCGCCAAAAAACCCAGCUGCUGGUUGCCUGUGACCCUCUAGCCUUGGAGACGAAGCAGCAGCCAUCACGCAGGAAACGAUUCGAACCGGAGAAGUCGGUGUGGGGCGAGCCAGAGUCCCUCUCCAAGAUUCCAUUUAAAGUUCUGAGGGGACACCAGCACAUUGUGAGUUCCUGCCAUUUCUGUGUGGAUGACACAAAGCUCCUCAGUGGUUCCCACGACUACACAGUGAAGCUGUGGGAUGCUGCUGAUGGAUCUCUGAUUCGCGAUUUCGAGCCCCAGCCCCAGGCUCCCAUUUUAGAGUGCAGCCUCACGGCCGACAGCAGAAGGAUUAUUGCUUCAUCCUAUGACAAAGUAGUGCAGACCUGGGACCUCGAGACAGGCAAGCAGCUGUGGAAGAUGGAGUGUGAUUCCUUCAUCGUCGCCAGUAAAUUUUCUCCUGACGGUAAAUACGUGGUCUUGGGCUUUGAUUUGGAUCAUGGAAUCUCCAUAAAGGAUGCGGAAAACACCACCACCAUUGCACUCAUCAAAGAUCAUCACAGCAAGUCCGUCACCGCCUGCUGCUUUGACCCUGACAGCCAGAAAGUGGCUUCUGUCUCGCUGGACAGGUGCAUCAAGAUCUGGGAUAUGACCGCCCAGGCCACACUGCUCUCCAUCCCCAAGGCUCAUUCCAACGCCAUCUCCAACUGCUGUUUCACCUUCAGUGGCCAUUUCCUGUGUACAUGCUCCUGGGAUAAAAGCUUAAAAAUAUGGAACAUCCAUACUGGGGAGUUUCGAAACCGGGGAGCCUGUGUGACUCUAAUGCAGGGCCACGAAGGGUCCAUCAGCUCCUGCUACUUUGCCAGAGACAACUCUUUUCUCAUUUCUGGAGGGCUCGAUAGGACUGUGGCUAUUUGGGAUGUAGGAGAAGGUUACCGGAAGCUCUCCUUGAAGGGCCAUAAUGACUGGGUGAUGGAUGUUGCCAUUAGUAACAACAAAAAAUGGGUCCUAUCUGCUUCAAAGGAUAGGACCUUGAGACUGUGGGACAUUGAAAACAUUGACCAAGUUCCUUUGGCGAUCAAGAACAGAAAGGCCAGGGGCUUAAACGUAAAACAGUGUAAAGGAUGCGGGAGGCCUUUCUCCAUCUUCGACAGUGAUAACUCUUUUGAAACAUUCAACGCAUGUGCGUUCUGCCGGAUAGAUGCAAGAGAAUUACUAGAGGAGUGCCCAUCAUCAGAAACGGAGGACUGGUCAUCAACAGACAGCAUGUAUGACUGGACUGGCCCAAGUCCUUCAAGUAGCACAGGCUACACAUAGUGUAGGUUUCAGGGCUUUGCAGGGACCUUCCCCUUGGGCCCCUUCCAGCUGAGUGAGCCUGCCAGCCUGACAGGGCAGGGCAGAGCCCUAGCUGGACUCCCACCAGAGUGAGUCUGCUCAGCUCUGCAGCACCCUUGUGGAGUGGAACUUUAUUCUUAGCUUUCAUGAAAAAUAAAUCUAGAUUCCUUCAGAAAACAAGUGUGCCUGUGCAUUCUGGAAGCAGUUUUGUUUUUUCUGGGCUCUAUGACCUGGUGUGCAUGCUGUUUCAUUUUCAGGACACAAUUAUGGGCUCAC